AUGGCCCGCUGGGCCCCGCACUCCGUGCUGCUCUUGGUGCUGGCAGCCGUGGCGCUCCUCGCCUUCCUUUCCACCCUCCGCACGCGCCUCGACCAAUCCCGCCUUCCAGAUGCACCCUCCAGCGCCCCGUCUCCCCACCGCCACAGCCGUCACUCCAGCUACCGCCGGCGCCUGGAGACUCGGCGGGGCAAUCCCGGGCGGAAGACGGUACGGCUGCACGCGGCGACGGCGGAGGCGAACCCGCGGCUGGAGCACAUCACGUUCGACCCGCUCGUGGCGGAGAUGGAGGCGCAGCGCGACGACCGCAAGUGGGAGGAGGCGCAGUUCCGCCGGCGCGGGGAGGAGGUCCGCGUGGCGCACGGCGCUAAGAAGCUUGAAGAGGGUGACGCGGGUGGCGGGCGGAGAAGUGUGGAAGAGGCGUCGAGGAUAGAAGCGGCGGAUGAGGAGUUGAGGCGACUGGAGGACAACCCCAACCCCAACCCAGGUGGGCACGUGGGCGGGCAGGGCGCGCACGAGCACAGUGUGGCAGGGCGGGGGGUGGCUGCAGUGACACACCUGAGUGCACGCGGUGAAGAGCGGUGGCACAGCAGAGGAAGUAGUUGGUGUUGGCACAGUUUCAAUGCGGGGGAGCACAAGGUGAAUGUGACUGCCCGCCUGAGGGUGCUGUUCCCGCUCAUUGACAGUGACGACAGGGACGGGCUCGUGUCGCUCAGUGAACUCGCCAUGUGGCAGGUGCAGCAGGGGCACCGGAGCAGUGAGCGGCGCACGCGGAGGGAGAUGCAGGUGGUGGACAGCGAUGGGGACGGCAAGGUGUCGCUUAAAGAGUACCUGCAUGAUGACUCGCCGGGGGAGGAAGUCCACGUGGAGGGUGACGAUGACAUGGCUGAGUUUGUGAAGACGGCCAGGGAGCGCUUUGCACUGGCGGAUUCAGAUGGUGACGGGCUGCUCAACGAGGACGAGUUUAACGAUCUGCUGCACCCAGAGGACAGCCAGAAUGAGAAGCUGAUAGACUCCGUCCGAGAUGAGGAGCUCAGGGCGCGGGACACGGACGGGGACAUGCGGCUGAGUUUUGAGGAGUUUCUGGAGAGCGUGUUUGAGGAGGUGGCGCAGUUUGACGAGGAGUAUGCGCGCUGGGAGGCGCACCGCUAUGACGUCACCAGUGACGACUACGUGCCGCCCGACAUCGCUCAUGGCAGCAAGGACGUGGAGCACAUGAGCGCAGCGGAGAAGCGGGCACAUGCACGCACGCGAUUCGAUCCAAUGGACGCCAAUCAUGACGGGUACCUGGAUGCGAGUGAGUUUGAGGACCUGCUGUACGCCAUCGUGCCCAACGAGUACCACUUUGCCGAGGAGCAAGCCAAGCACAUGAUGAUGGAGGCGGAUGACAACAAAGAUAAGAGAUUGUCGUUGGAGGAGAUGUUGGCGCACUGGGAUGUGUUUUACGAUGCCAUGGAUGAGGAGGGGGAUGACUCGUAUCACUGGCCAUCAGACGAUGACCAUGAUGAGUUAAGAUGA